UGCACAGACAACAACACCAAGCCACUUCCAGCAGCCUUCCUUCCAGGCCAGCUACAACUGCUGGGCUCAUCACCAGAAACCAGAACGCAGUCGGCAGGCAACACCUCUCCUGAACCGAAAUGGCCGCUGUCGAGCCCCGGCAGUUCGGCCGUCUGGAGCCGGCGCGCGUCGGCGCGUACCCUCCCCCGCCGAGCCACAUCCCGCGGCGCGCGGACUCGCCCGCGCGCGGCUGCGGUUUCCCUCCCCUCGUCUCCCCACCCCGCAGCACGUCGGACGAUGCGUCGUCGUCGGACGACGAGCAGGAUGACUGGCGCGAGCUGUACGGGUCGCAGCUGCAGCUGGAGGUGGAGCCGGCGGCGCAGGACCCGCGCGACGAGGGCACCGCGGACGCGUGGGUCGAGCGCAACCCGUGCCUGGUCCGGCUGACGGGGAAGCACCCGCUGAACUGCGAGCCGCCGCUGGCGCGGCUGAUGCAGCACGGCUUCAUCACCCCGGCGCCGCUGCACUACGUGCGCAACCACGGCGCCGUGCCGCGCGGGGACUGGGCGACGUGGGCCGUGGAGGUGACGGGCCUCGUGAGGCGGCCCGCGCGGCUCACCAUGGACGAGCUGGCGCGGGACUUCCCCGCCGUGGAGAUCCCCGUGACGCUGGCGUGCGCGGGCAACCGGCGCAAGGAGCAGAACAUGGUGCGGCAGACGGCGGGCUUCGGCUGGGGCGCCGCCGGCGUGUCCACGUCCGUGUGGCGCGGCGCGCGCCUCCGCGACGUGCUCCGCCGCUGCGGCGUCGCGCCCCGUCACGGCGGCGCGCUCAACGUCUGCUUCGAGGGCGCCGAGGACCUCCCCGGCGGCGGCGGCGGCGGGUCCAAGUACGGCACCAGCGUCCCGCGCGAGUGGGCCCUGGACCCGUCGCGCGACAUCAUGCUCGCGUACAUGCAGAACGGCGAGCCGCUGCUGCCCGACCACGGCUUCCCCGUGCGCGUCAUCAUCCCGGGCUGCAUCGGCGGCCGCAUGGUCAAGUGGCUGAAGCGCAUCGUCGUCACCCCCGCCGAGUCCGACAACUACUACCAUUACAAGGACAACCGCGUCCUGCCGUCGCACGUCGACGCCGAGCUCGCCAACGCUGAGGCGUGGUGGUACAAGCCGGAGUACAUCAUCAACGAGCUGAACAUAAACUCGGUGAUAACGACGCCGGGGCACGACGAGAUCCUGCCCAUCAACGGCAUCACCACACAGCGCGGCUACACCAUGAAAGGAUACGCCUACUCCGGCGGCGGCAAGAAGGUGACGCGGGUAGAGGUGACGCUGGACGGCGGCGAGACAUGGCUGGUGUGCGACCUCGCCCACCCGGAGAAGCCCAACAAGUACGGCAAGUACUGGUGCUGGUGCUUCUGGUCCGUCGAGGUGGAGGUCCUCGACCUCCUCGGCGCCAAGGAGAUCGCCGUGCGCGCAUGGGACCAGUCGCUCAACACCCAGCCCGAGAGGCUCAUAUGGAACCUCAUGGGGAUGAUGAACAACUGCUGGUUCAAGGUGAAGGUGAACGUGUGCCGUCCGCACAGGGGCGAGAUCGGGCUGGUGUUCGAGCACCCGACGCAGCCGGGCAACCAGGCCGGCGGCUGGAUGGCGCGGCAGAAGCACCUGGAGAAGACGGCGGAGGCGGCCGCGCCGGGGCUGAAGCGCAGCACGUCCACGCCCUUCAUGAGCACCACCGACGGCGGCCACCAGCAGCUCACCAUGUCCGAGGUGAGCAGGCACGCGUCGCGGGACUCGGCGUGGGUCGUCGUCCACGGCCACGUCUACGACUGCACCAGGUUCCUCAGGGACCACCCGGGCGGCGCCGACAGCAUCCUCAUCAACGCCGGCACCGACUGCACCGAGGAAUUCGACGCCAUCCACUCCGACAAGGCCAAGGCUCUGCUCGACGCCUACCGUGUCGGCGAGCUCAUCGCCACCGGCACCUCCGACAGCUCCGUCCACGGCGGCUCCGCGCUGCCGUCCCACCUCCUCGCGCCCAUCCGCGAGGCCGCCAGGGCCCCGGCCCCCGCGCUCUCCGGCCCGCGCGACAAGGUCCGCUGCCGGCUCGUCGGCAGGACGGAGCUGUCCCGCGACGUCCGCCUCCUCCGCUUCUCCCUGCCGUCGCCGGACCAGGCGCUCGGCCUGCCCAUCGGCAAGCACGUCUCCGUCUGCGCCAGCAUCGACGGGAAGCUGUGCAUGCGGGCGUACACGCCGACGAGCGUGGCGGACGAGGUCGGCCACUUCGACCUCCUCGUCAAGGUGUACUUCAGGGACGAGCACCCCAAGUUCCCCAGCGGCGGGCUCAUGACGCAGCACCUGGACUCGCUCCCGCUCGGCUCCUGCAUCGACGUCAAGGGCCCGCUCGGCCACGUCGAGUACACCGGUCGCGGCGGCUUCGUGAUCGACGGCAGGGACCGCUACGCGCGCCGCCUCGCUAUGGUCUGCGGUGGGAGCGGGAUCACGCCCAUGUACCAGGUCAUCCAGGCGGUGCUGCGCGACCAGCCGGAGGACCGCACGGAGAUGCACCUCGUCUACGCCAACCGGACGGAGGACGACAUCCUCCUCCGCGACGAGCUCGACCGGUGCGCGGCCGAGUACCCGGACCGGCUCAAGGUGUGGUACGUGGUCGACCAGGUGAAGCGCCCCGAGGAGGGGUGGAAGUACAGCGUCGGCUUCGUAACGGAGGACGUCCUGCGGGAGCACGUUCCGGAAGGCGGUGACGACACGCUGGCCCUUGCCUGCGGGCCACCGCCGAUGAUCCAGUUCGCUGUCUCCCCCAACUUGGAGAAGAUGAAGUAUGACAUGGCCAAUUCUUUCGUCGUGUUCUAAGACCGUAGCAGCAAAUUAAUAAUUUCAUAGAUAUCUGUAUGUAGUGCCACCAAAACUAGCCGACUUGCCAGCGUAAAUUUUCGUGAGAUGCAUGGGAAUCAUAUAUUGGAAGGAUUAUAGUGAAGUCGUGUACACUUAACACUAUUGUACUCUGCUAUAGCCUAGAAUUUGAGAGAAGCACAUAGACAGGCCAUUCAUGUUUUUCCCCUUUAGAAUCUGGAACUUUGAAAUAUGAGGAGACUGUUUAUACUAGAGGUCAGCAUAUAAUCA